AGAAGAGCUAUAGGUAACAGCGCAACAACGCAACAACCCACCUCAACACAUUAGGUAGCUAAGGUACCUACCUAGAGAAGCACAUCCCUACCUCAGAAUCCAAUCCGGGUCAAGGGGCGGCACAUGGCGUGGCCCUAGCUCCAGCCUCCCAGCCACUCACAGCCGCCAAUCUCAACAGGCCCCCGCCCCGGGUGGCCCGGGCGAGAGGGCGGUCUGUCGAAGUGGGAUGGAUGGAUACCGUCUCGCUCUCUGAGGGAACAAGCCCGGGGACACGAAUCAACUUUUAUCUCCUCGUUUUUCCCACAAAUUCUCCUCUGCCCGCCAGACGGACAUCCUCGACAUCUCCUUUUGCAAAGUCUGCCAGCGCCCGUUGGCUUUGCGACUCUCACGAUGUCGAAGCCUCACAGCGUCAACGGGAGCGAGUCCGAGUUCGAGUUCAUCGAGACUCCCAAAGCUCCCACGCCCACCUUCGAGAAGUUUGAGGAGUGCGGUGUGCGGACCACCUCGUAUCCCUCCAUCAAGAAUGCCCCCCUCCCCGCGGACUCGGCCGGUGCCGAUACCUUUUCGAACACCAUCCUCUUCUCCCUGAUGGGCGGUGUUCCGCUAUGGCUGUCUUGGAAGGUCGGAGGCGGGCUGAAAACGGCCAUCUUCUUCGCUCUGUUCACGAGUCUGCCCAUCCUCGCUGGCUUUUGGCUUACCAUCUCCGCCAUCAGCCCUCGGAAGAAUGAGAAAGCCAGGUACCCCGGCCGGCCGGUUGAGCACUACCUCACUUUCAAGAAGCAAUCCGACCAGCUCAAGUACCACGGCCGAAAUAAAAUCCCCAUGGAGACCUUCUACGAGAUGUACUUCGACGGAGACGUCGACUUUAAUGGCGACUGCCUCGAAGUCUUGGAAUACAGGCACGAUUGGGCCAGCUUCCGCUUUACCUGGGGCCUAUGCAAGUACUUCCUCUUCGGCAUGAUGCCCGAGGUUAUCAUGCAUUCGCGAAGCCAGGAUGAGGAGCAGGUUCGUGGCCACUACGACCGCGGUGAUGAUUUCUACGGUUGGUUCUUGGGACCGCGCAUGAUCUACACCUCUGGCAUCAUCUCGGAUAUCAACACCGAGGAAAGUCUGGAGCAGCUUCAGGACAACAAGAUGGCCAUCGUCUGCGAGAAGAUCAACCUCAAGGACGGCGAGACGUUGCUCGACAUCGGCUGCGGCUGGGGUACCCUGGCACGGUUUGCCAGCGUCAACUACAAUGCUCACGUCACCGGCAUCACCCUCGGCCGCAACCAGACUGCUUGGGGUAACAAGGCUCUGCGCAACGUUGGUGUCCCUGAGGAGCAGAGCAAGAUCCUCUGCAUGGAUUACCGCGAUAUUCCGUCGGUGGAGGGCGGAUACAAGAAGAUCACAUGUCUGGAGAUGGCCGAGCACGUGGGCGUCCGGAAGUACGGUUCCUUCUUGAAGCAAUGCUACGAUAUGCUGGACGACGAUGGAGUAUUUUUCCUGCAGAUUGCCGGGCUCCGAAAGCCGUGGCAGUACGAUGAUCUGAUCUGGGGCCUGUUCAUGAACAAAUACGUCUUCCCCGGCGCUGAUGCCUCGACUCCCCUCAACUUCUUCAUCGACGGACUCGAAGGGGCCGGGUUCGAAAUCAAGGGGCUCGACACGAUCGGCGUGCACUACUCUGCGACGCUGUGGCGCUGGUAUAGAAACUGGAUGGCCAACCGCGAGAAGGUGGAGGCUAAAUACGGAAAACGGUGGUUCCGCAUCUGGGAGUAUUUCCUCGCCAGCUCCACCAUCUCUUCGAGACAAGGCAGUGCUACCUGCUACCAGAUCGUCUGUGUUAAGAAUAUAAAUUCGACGCACAGGGUCGAAGGUAUCCCGACUCAGUUCGGCCUCGAGGGGGCCCUAGAUGCGGCAGCGGAGAAGGUAGACUUCAAGGCGUGGGCUAAGAAGAAUGCUGAUCAGUUCCCCAUCGCAUCGCACUAGUAGCAGGCGUGGUCUCGGAGAGGUUUCCCGCACAACAGAGGGUUGUAACAGGUAGACGAGGCUCACGGCUCGAGAUGACGGCCGGUGUGAGCUCCUCCCUCCCUUCCCCUUCGGAGCGGGAGUUGAUAGUAGCGGCGCUGGGCGUUUUGACCUCGUCCGAGCGUGGGAGUUGGAACGAACCAGGCAGUCCGCCCGCGUGGUGGUUGCUGUGGACAGGACGAAGACGGACGUGAAUUAAUUUGUAGGUAGUGGAUAUAUGUAAUGAAAAAACGGAGGGUGAAGUUGGCGUGAAAUUGCCAGUGUCCGACUGAGAUAACUAGGUGAUCACGCGCGUAGAUCAAGCACACGUGGUAUACGUAGGCAGAUGCAAAUAUUCUAGUUAUCUCGGUGUCUGUCGUCUGGCUGGUAAAGCAGAGAGACUGCCUCCUGGUUGUGUAUUUAUAUAUACUCAAUAUCUAUACCCGGUACAGGGUGUGUAUGGCGUAUAAAAAAUUCCGUCAGAGCGCCCCCGGA